AUGAACGCUGUUUUCGCCCAAGUUGAAGUGCCCGGCCCUCACGAGAACGACGCGAUCACGAGUACACGUGAUCUUGGUUCAAGUUCGCAGAGAAAUUUUUGCACUCUUUCUCCCUUCCCCACCGGCUCCCUCAUGGCUCCCUUCGCUGGUACUGAUUGUUCUCUUGUGCCCCUACCACUCCUCCGCUUGUCCACAAACCCCACGCCUUGCUCUCAGAUGGCAACCCAUUUGAACCGCAAUUUGCCCACUUGGAAUGAUACAUCUUACAGCUCAACAUAUCUCACCUCAACAACAACAACCGAAGCUUGGAGCACAGUUAUCCUCUCUCACAGUUCGAAUAUAUCUCUUCAAUCUCUGUAUUGGUUCAAUCUAACACAUCCUCGCAGAGUCAACUCUUGUGAAACACGCAGCGGGGGAAACGAAGCAGUGAGCCGCGUGAGCCGUCUCUCGUCGCCGAUCCAGCCUUUCGUCGGCAUACUGACAUGCAAUCUCAUUGCUCCCCCAGACCACGAAUUGAACUCCAUGACCAUCCCUACCGCUAUCAAGGCACGACCACCGCGUGUUCACGACAACGAUCGCGAACCACGACCACCACGUGUCCACGUCCACAACCACGACCACACCCACGCGACUGUGACCACGCCUAGGUGCAAUCUCAUUGCUCCUCCGAACAACCGAGUGAACGGCGCGCUGCCCACCGACACCUUUGGCCGAGGAAGAAAACCGCGCUCAGCCAGUUUCGCUAUCUCUCUCGGAUCGUUUAACCGCGUACCGGUCAUUGUCACCGCCCGUAACGUCUACCUGUGCGACGCAAACUCAAGCAGCGUAUACACUGCCUGUCAACCUUCCAAUCGUAGGUUACCACUGGAGGACGAGUCGGGAACAUUGUGUCUCGGAUUUGUACGGAAUGAGUUUUCACGAGGCGCAGAGGAGAGGAUAGUUGUUCAGGAGAACGGUCAACGCCAGCGCUCUAUCGCAGGCGAUGAACCAACGCCGACGCGGGGGCUAUUCUUUACGGUGUUAAACCUCUCAGUUGUGCAGGAGAAGGGCCAUGGCAAGUGCCCCAUCGCAGGCUCAAGAGUUAAGAUCGAUCGACUGGGAAACGUUCAAGGCCCGACGCACUCAACUCACUACGAUCGCCUUGGACCCCCUCCAAUACUUAGAGCUGCCAGGGAGACGUCUUCUCCUGCACACGAAACUGGGUGUGAAUGUGCGAACUCUUACGGGGGAUAUGGGGUUGAAAGGACGCUGAGGUCUGAGCUUUCAUUCCGGGGGGUCACGUACGUGUCCCCUGGGUUCAGUCAACUUCGUUUUGCUGAUAACCUUCUGUUGUGCGUGAUCGUCUGGAUCCCCCUCCGCAGUCCGGGCCGCAUUUGCACCGCUCGCCUCGUUUACGAAAAAUCACAACCACAUCCACGCAUCCGUAACCCAGCGACCCCCCUCAAGCAAAAUAUCAGCACAUGGGCUGACGCUGCUUUUGCCUACGUUAAUUAG